UUGGUUGUUAACAGGUUAAAGAUUGGCUUGCAGGUUGCCGCUGUUAAAGCUCCAGGUUUCGGUGACAACAGAAAAGCUACUCUCAGUGAUAUGGCGAUCUCUACCGGUGGUGUUGUAUUCGGUGAUGAAGCCAACCUCAUUAAGAUUGAAGAUGUUCAGCUCUCAGACCUCGGCCAGGUUGGUGAGGUCGUCAUCACAAAGGAUGACACCCUUAUCCUUAAAGGUAAAGGCAAAAAGGCUGACAUUGACAGACGCGCUGAACAAAUCCGUGACCAGAUACAAGAGACCAACUCUGAGUAUGAGAAGGAAAAACUACAGGAACGUCUUGCAAGGUUAGCCUCUGGAGUGGCCGUGUUACAUGUAGGAGGCUCCAGUGAAGUAGAGGUCAACGAGAAGAAGGAUCGUGUAAAUGAUGCUCUAAAUGCUACCCGUGCCGCUGUCGAGGAAGGUAUUGUUCCUGGAGGUGGAUCUGCCCUCCUCAGAUGCAUCCCGACUCUCGAGGCAUUAAAAACAUCAAAAACUCUGACCAGGCUACUGGAGUAG